UCUCUCGCUUCGCCCCCCGCAAAAACCCUAGAGACCUCCCUCCUCGCCUCGCCUCGCCGCCGCCUCCACGCCCCUCUCGGUGAGCCGGGAUUCCAAGCGCGAUACAUCUCCCAGGGAGGCCGCCGGGCGCGGAGGCGAUGGUGGCCGAGCUGCGGCGCGACGACAUGGCGGGGGAGGCGAUGCCCGUCCGCGACGCCGUGGCCUUCCGGCUCGUCGAGCACGUGCUGCAGUCCGUGCGGAUGGAGCCGCUUCUAGUUAACCCAUAUGAUCAGGAGCAAUAUGGUAAGAUGUUAGAUACUCUAGACACUAGCAAGAGAAAGAGUGCUGAUGAUGAGGCUUUGUAUGUGACUUAUUUGAAGGCAUUGUCAGAAGCAGUAUCCAAAAUAGACAUCAUGUACCAUCAUUCACUUUUGAACAAUAUAUUUAGCGUCCGCAUCUGGUACUUGCAAAGAGAUACAAUGGUUGCUUUAUUGGACCUAAUAACCAGAUUGGCUGCAGUGGCAGAUCAGUAUCUCAGAGAAUGUUUGCAGAUGCUUGUGAACAACUUUACUCCGCCUAUUAUUGUUAAACACAACAAUGAGGUGCCCCCAUGGGCAGUCUCGAGGAAGAAGGAAAUUUUUUCUCGUCUGUGCGAGAGUUUGAAAACGAUCUCAGAUACUGUACCCUUAGCACCAAGGAUGUUAAGGGAUAUAAUAGACAGGAGUAUGCCGAAGUUAUUCGAUAACAAAGCUAAGAUGAUCUCGUUUGUCGAGUGCAUGUUGGGACUAGAUACUGACAGAAUGGGGGAUCUUAUCGGAGCUAUUUUGCUGGCCAAAGUUGUUGAUCUUAUUACAGAAUUGGAUGUUAAUAUAACCUGGGAAGAUAUUCUUCAAGAGGAACAUAACAAAGGUAUAUUUGAAAUGGAGCUUGAAGAUUUGGAUGGUGAUGAGGAUGGGGAUGGCUUUGGACAAGCAGGAACAAAGGUCCUUUUUGGAGGAAAUGCAUGUGCCGAAAAGCUUGAUGGUUUAAUGGUUGUUGUAUGCGAGCACCUUAAGUCAUUAGAUCGUCAGUGCCUAUAUAAGGAAUUUGUCAUUCUGAAAACUAUAUUUCGAGCAUCUCUGCUGAGAGUGCACAGAUCAAAAUUUGCCCAGUUUAUCAUGUUCUAUGCCUGCUCACUGGAUCCUUUAAUCCUUGGUGAAGAGUUUGCUCUUUUUCUUACUGACAUUGUUAAGAAUAAGGAAGAGGAUCCAAUUUCAAGAAUGUCUGCGGUUUCAUAUGUUGGAAGCUAUUUGUCUCGGGCAAGGUUUAUUCCUGCCAAUACGGUUGUUACUAUACUCAAAAAAUUAGUGGAUUGGUGUGUUGGCUAUUGUGACUAUCAGAGCGGCAGAGACGCCACAGCCAUUCCAAACCAUCAGUUAUUUUACGCGACUUGCCAGGCUGUGAUGUAUGUCCUUUGCUUUCGCUUGAGGUCUAUUAUGGAUUAUCCAAAUCUUAAAUCAGAUCUGUUCCACAUGCCUUUUGGGUUUCUGUUUCGCCACCGACUGGAACCUCUAAAGGUGUGCUUGCCUUCGAUAGUAAACGAGUUUCUGAGACAGGCCAAGGAUGCCGGAUUGGUUGCUGCAUUUGUGGAUCCAGCAUCUGAAGAUGCAAUUGAAUCUGAUUUGUCCAGGACUUUUGGAGGAAUCGAUAGACUUGACAUGUUCUUCCCAUUUGAUCCUUACCUGCUAAAAGAAUCUGACAGAUAUAUCCGUCCGAAUUUUGAGUUCUGGUCCAUGGUCAAGACAACGUAUAGCGACGACACCGACGACGAUGACGACGAGCUCGAGGGCCUUGACGCCCCUGAGAUGAACGUGGGCAGCUUGGAUGAUCAUGUUGAGAUAGAUAUCAACAGUGACGAUGACGACUUGGAGUACUCGAUGAACAAGAUGUCUAUAACCCCGCACCACUCUUUCUUCCACCAGAUGGCCAUGGACAGCGACGGCGGCCUUAGCAUGCCCGCGAGGAUCAGACCUUCGACGAGCCCUCCGUCGCGGUGGGCCAUGUCAGGAGGAUCACCAUAGAUGGAAGAAACAGCUGGAUACUUGGCGCUGUACAAGGAGGUAUGACUGUCAAACUGACAUGGGGAGCGUAGUUUGUAGUGGGGUCAAGCAACCCAUUCCUUUGCAGUGUAUUCAGCCCAAGUAGUUUGAAAUUUUUGGGUUGAAAGUGUGAAGUACAGAUGCUGUUAGAAAACGUAGUUGAGUGGUUGUAAGAUUAUAUGUAUACUGCCACUAGGCUUGUAUCAGUAAGACAAUCAUGUUUUGAUCUUGAACGGUCUAUCAACAGUUUCUCACUGGAA